UGUUAAGACCAUGCGAAGACCUGCGUAAGCCCCCCAAUAAUAUUUACCAUGGUUGACAUUCAACUCACCAACGGGCGAGCUCUGGUCUCUUACGGUCCUUACAAGGAUGGAGGCUGGAAGCUGCGCAACGUUGCUCUGCGACCCAUCCGUGAGCAUGAGCUGCUGAUUGAGGUCAUUGCCUCAGGCGUCUGCCAAACUGACCUGCAUUUCGCCGGGCUGGAAAGUGGUCACGGCGUGCAUUAUCCGCGGGUGAUGGGCCACGAAGGAGCGGGAUACGUCCGACAGGUCGGACCUGGUGUCACUACAGCACACGUCGGUGACCCAGUCCUCAUGUCUUUCUCUUCUUGCCAGACAUGCCAGUGCUGUCGCCGGGGCCACCCCGCCCACUGCCACAAUUUCGACCCCAUCAACUUCGAGUCGACGUCCCCGGACCGCGUCUUCUGGGAGGAGGGAGCAACAACACCACAAACACGCGAACCAGACAUCUUCGGCCGAUUCUUUGGACAAUCGAGUUUCGCUAGUCGGACGAUCGUGCAAGAGUCCGCGGUGAUCAAUGUGGCGGGCAUGGUCGAGAGGAAGGAGGAGUUGCAGCUGCUGGCCCCGCUGGGAUGCGGGAUCCAGACGGGAGCAGGAGCGGUUCUCAAAGCGGCGGGCGCACGGCGUGAUGAUACGGUCGCGGUGCUUGGAUUAGGAGGAGUGGGCUUGAGUGCCGUGAUGGGCGCGCGCAUCGCUGGUUGUCAGACGAUUAUUGGGAUCGCCCGGAACGAGGCCCGUCUCAAGCUGGCCCUCAAGCUGGGAGCAACGCAUGUGGUUCGGAUUGACCCCGAUGCAGAUCUCAGCCUCGUGACACAGGCUGUGCGUGCGCUGACUGGCGGGCUUGGGGUCGAUGUCACGCUGGAGACUACAGGGGUGCCGGACCUCGUGGCCGAGGCGGUUCGUAUGACGGCCAACAAGGGCAAGAUUGUGCAGCUGGGGGCAGCGCCUGAAACGGCGACUGUCAAUAUCCCGAUUCACGAGUUCAUGGUAACGGGAAAAGUGUUCAUGGGUGUCGUCGAGGGGGAUGUGGUUCACCGGGAGUUCGUGCCGCAGAUGAUUGAGUGGGUGAAGUCGGGCCUUCUGCCUUUGCAUAAGAUUGUUGGAUUUUAUCCGGCAGAGGAUUUCGAGGAGGCGGUCCGGAAUAUGAAGAGUGGAAGGACAAUCAAGCCGAUUCUUCUGUGGUAGCUAGCAUCCUUUGCGGCACAAUGAAUGCUUAGGGGCCCAUGGCAGGGUGUGUAAGUAUAUUCGGUCUAGCCCGGA